UCCUGUGUGAGCCACUGGACUCACUCGUCUGACUGCACAGAGUCUCCGGUAUGGGCAGCCGCCUAGUCUUCAACUUUUUACUGGAGAUUUUACCACAGUUACGUUACAUUUGACACGGUUUAUAACAUCUGAAAAUGGAUUUCUGAUCGGAAUAACCCGAAAGUGAGUCCGAGUGAGUUCAUUCGACCGUUUAAAUUCAUUUUUUUGUUGGAGUUGUUGAAGGAAGAGGGGAAAAUGCCAGUUGCAACUCUUCUGCCUUUUACCGCGACCCCGAAUAGGAAGUCUGCCAGCCCGACCUCUUUCAGGUUGACAGAGAAAUUUAUUUUGUUAUUAGUGUUUAGCGCUUUUAUAACCCUCUGUUUCGGGGCCAUUUUCUUCCUACCUGACUCGUCCAAGCUGCUUAGCGGAGUUUUCUUUCAUUCCUCCGCGGUGGAGACCAACACCCGCACCGGUCCGGACAGCAGCGACCCAGGUUCGGCAUUAAACGAGGAGAGGGUCCUGGCCAAAAUCAGGAAAGACCACGAAAAAGCUCUGUUAGAGGCAAAGGAUACCCUACAAAAACGGCCCGACGAGAUAAAACAAGACAUUAUAAAUGAGAAGGAGAAAGUUGCAAAGGAGAGUAUGGGUCAAGGUGGGAAGGAUGACAAUAAUUUACCUAUCGUUGAAUAUCACCGCCCGCCCGGGGCGACUGGACACGAACCUCUGGACCCCGAAACCAAGGAUAGACGGGCUAAAAUCAAAGAGAUGAUGAAGCAUGCGUGGGGCAACUACAGGCGCUACGCCUGGGGUUCCAAUGAGCUCAGGCCCAUCUCCAAGCAAGGCCACUCCAGCAAUCUAUUUGGCAGUAUAAAGGGAGCGACAAUAGUGGAUGCUCUGGAUACACUCCAUAUCAUGGAAAUGUUUGAAGAGUUUGAUGCUGCUACCGACUGGGUAGAAAAGAACCUCGACUUUAAUGUGAAUGCAGAAGUGUCAGUGUUUGAGGUGAACAUCCGGUUUGUUGGAGGUCUGCUGUCCGCCUACUACCUGUCUGGCAAAGAGGUGUUCCGUAGAAAGGCAGUGGAGCUGGGUGAAAAGCUGCUGCCAGCCUUCAAAACGCCCACCGGCAUUCCCUGGGCUCUGCUUAACCUCAAGAGUGGUAUUGGUAGAAACUGGCCCUGGGCAUCAGGCGGCAGCAGCAUCCUGGCAGAAUAUGGCACGCUGCAUCUGGAGUUCAUGCACCUCAGCAAACUCUCAGGGAAUCCUGAGUUUGCACAGAAGGUAAUGAACAUCCGGAAAGUACUGAAUCGCCUGGACAAACCCCAGGGGCUGUACCCCAACUACCUGAACCCCAACAGCGGCCAGUGGGGCCAACAUCACGUUUCUGUGGGUGGCCUAGGUGACAGUUUCUAUGAGUACCUGCUCAAGGCCUGGCUGAUGUCUGACAAGACUGACGAAGAGGGCAAGAGGAUGUAUUAUGAUGCCCUGCAGGCAAUAGAAACCAACCUGAUAAGGAAGUCGAGCGGCGGGCUGACCUACAUAGCGGAGUGGAAGGGGGGUCUGCUGGAGCAUAAGAUGGGUCACCUGACCUGUUUCGCAGGCGGUAUGAUCGCUCUGGGUGCUGAUGGAGCGCCCAGCGAAAAGACGGGACACCAGAUGGAGCAGGCCGCCGAGAUCGCCCGGACCUGUCACGAGUCUUACGCCAGGACCGCUUUGAAGCUGGGACCAGAAGCGUUCCGUUUCGACGGCGGGGUCGAGGCUAUCGCCACACGCCAGAACGAGAAAUACUUCAUCCUCCGUCCCGAGGUCAUAGAGACCUACUUGUACAUGUGGAGGUUCACCCACGACCCCAAAUACAGGGAGUGGGGCUGGGAGGCUGUUCAGGCCUUGGAGCAGCACUGUAAAGUAGAAGGAGGCUACAGCGGCGUUAGAGAUGUCUACGCUUCAACUCCCAACCACGACGACGUACAGCAAAGCUUCUACUUGGCCGAGACGCUCAAGUAUCUCUACCUGCUCUUCUCCGACGACGACCACCUACCGUUCGACCACUGGGUCUUUAACACCGAGGCUCACCCUCUGCCCGUCAUCCUGAAGGACAAAACAGACAUCCCCAACGAAGUGGAGUAGUGGAGCCUUCCUUCGCUGACACCCAAAUCAAGUGCGAGAACCUCUGAUCCUGUACACCUGAGCCUCCAGCUGUCUGUCUGAAAUCAAUUUGGCCAUUUGGAGUCCCCAAUGGUUACAGAUUCCUCUUGAUUGGCUAUUUUUUUUAAUGGGAUCAGUAACACAAUGCAGGCCUUUUGGCACUGAAUUCUUAAUUGUGGAAUCCAGUUUUUUUUUUUUUUUUUUUUUUUUUUGCUUUUUGUCGGCACCGACCAGAACCAACAUAUUUACUGCCGGAUAACGUAAUAACUCAAAAAAGAAUGCAGUGAUAUCGUCAGACAGGUGCUUGUUGUUUUUUUUUUUAUGUUCUUGCAUUAUAAAAAGCGGUACUCUCUGACGAUGUCAUUACAUUUGGCGGCAGUUUAUUUCACCUCCGGUUCAUUUUUAUCUCAUUCAGAGGGACAGUCUGAGCAGUUAUCACACUAUUCAUCAGUGAUUUUAUUGUUAGUAGCUACAGCUUUUGUGUGUGUGUGUGUGUGUGUGUGUGUGUGAGAGAGUGUGAGUGUGAGUGUGAGAAGGAGUACACUGGCAGACUUUAACCGGUCAUCUCCCUAAUGUGGAUAUUUUGGAACUCAGCUUUGGGCACCAAAACCCAGAAAGACUGCAGCUCUCGUCUGAGGAGUACAAGGUUGACUUAGUGAGCUAAAGGACGCUCUGUUCACUUCCGUGUUUUCCUUCUGCUACCGCUUCAAUAUCUGAAUAUAGGAACCGGUUUCCCUGCGCCAACGCAGGUGCCACCACCACCACCACCACCCUACUGCUACCGUCUUCAGAGAAAGAUUAGCUUUUCUAUAAAACAUGUGGUUGUCUCUGUGGGAGUAAAAGGAAAGACGCAGCACAACCCGAGCCUCUUUUUCUAAGCCCACUUAGAUCUUUGCUUCCCCCACCCCCCAUUACCUGAACCCCUGACUGCUUCUUCCUUCCUCUGAGCGUUGGGUGUGACACAGGACGGCCAGCCACACCAGCUCUCUCUACCUGCCAGUAACUUCACUUUCUCCCCACGACGUUUACACAAAGCUGUCCCUCCCCGCCUGCUUAUCUCACCGUCAGCUCAUCUGUAGCUUUACUGGCUUUUGGGAUCCUGGAUUUAUUUCUCUUUCUCACAUUUGAACCGAUAUGUCUGGGAUACGAACGAUACAAAGUUGUUGUUGUUGUUGUUUUUUUCAACUGAUAGCAAAUAUUUGUGAUAAUUUCCCAAAUAUGAAUCCAUAUUUUUGUUCCGUCAUUUUUUUCUCACAAAAAUGACACGUUUGCAGGAUUUUACUUGUCGCUAACCAGAAAAAGAAACUCGUUGUCAAUGAUCACAGGGUUGACCGUCAAUAACAUUGUCAGACCAAAAAAAGGAAAGAGAAAUCUUACCUCAAGGUCCACUUUUAUGCAGCUGUCAUGGAGAUGAAGUUGAAUGCGCUAGAAAGCCAGUAGGUGGACCUUGAGUUAAGUAUAUAUAUAUAUAUAUAUAUAUAUAUACCUGUUUUCUUCUCAAACUAUUAAGAAUAAUCAAGAUUAAGAUCUCUUGAAAUGAAGAAAUGAAAUCUCAUUUCCUUCUUUUGGAUUCUUGAUAUUCUUGACUUCUGAAAAUGUUAAUAUCCUUAAAUUUCAACAUUUGUACGCAUGAAAAACAGAAUUUUUAGACCCUAAAAGUCUUCCCUAAAGAGGAUACUGAUUGAUCAUAUUCCUCAGAAAACCUGUGUAUUGGUCGAACUCUCCUUUUCUGUUGUAUUGCUCUUGUCCCCGUCCUCCAGCUCCAGCGUAGGGCAGCCUGUAGGAUCUUCUCUCCUCUAUGAGGAGACGCCGACACUCGACUUUGCUGUAAUAUUUCACCUUCACACACGCAAACACUCACACACAAGAAGCCAUACUGAUUCAAAACAGCUUUACCAUUCUGUCGUUGAAGUUUUUUUUUUUUUUGGUUCCCUUCGUUCUCCACGCACGGGGGAGCGUGUGACUGUGUUGAUACAAACUGUGUUAUUGCUGUUGUACAUUUUCAUCAAAGUACAAACCCAUCAAAGUCAGUUAAUCUAGUUGGAUUUUAUGGUAAAGAUUUCUCCUGAAGCCACACAGAACUGUAGCCAGAUAAAAGUUUAGUCUUCGAUCUAGUGCCUUCACUGUUGAGAACGAGGAGUCGGAGGGAAAAAGCAGCUCACACUAACACAGAAGAGUUUUAAAUAGUCAUAGCGCUUUAAGGAAAGCCCUCAUGCCUCAGAUGAGGAUUAUACCAAAAUUAGACACUGAUUGAAGGAUAAUUCCUGCUUUUUAAUUUGAUAUUUAAAGUCACUUUGGCUCGAAAGUAGCCUGGAAAAAAAGUAGCUUAAAAAGUAAGAGUUGGGGAAAACUUUAGCUUUCUUUGUGAUAAGUGGGAUCAGACCACCAAAGGUCCAUCUAAGGAUCACAUGAAAUGACUUUAUAAUAAAAUAAAUUUUUCUUUUCAUUCACCCGUGGCCAACACCUGUCAGGAACCAUCGUUAAAUAGUUUUGAGACCAGAAGAGGUUCCCAGUCAGCCAUUAUUUCCUUGAUAACACUCACAUCUAGUGGUGAGAUCUUCCUAUAACCGGAGUCUGGAAAGACAAGAGCUGUGGAUACAUGUGGCUCUCACCAAAUCUUCUUACUCCAAAGUGUCGAAAGAAGAUUAAAUCCCUUAAUUAAAGUACAAACAUCACCAAACCACCAAAACUGGAUCUUUAGAAAAAAAUUGUAUUUGGACCUCUGAUACAUGGAAACUGACUGUCAGGCAUUAGCUUUGCCAGUUAUUCAUUAGUUUGAGCCUUUUAUCGUGUGCAUUUGAACACAGGAAGAUGGCGGAUGAUGACAGCUGUCCCAGUGCUCCUGUUUCCACAAAUGAGCUUUAAACAGACUCGAGUGUCGCUGGGAGAUGUGGCAGAUGGUUCAGUCAACAACAGUGUCGCUGUGUGAAAUAACUUUACUGAUGUAGAUUCAUUCGUUUCCGCUGUCUGACAGAAGGCAUGGAGGCAGGCUGAACUGAGGGACAGUUUAAACCCCAACAGGAGGUUUUUCUCUGCAGGUUAACUGUAAAGUAGGGCCAGGCGAUAUGGAGAAAAUCAAACAUCAAGAGGUUUGUGACCAAAUAAGUCGAUAUCGAUAUUGCACCCAUAUUGUAGGAUUGACAAUACAAAAACAUUUACACGAUGAGAUUUGUGAUAAAUAAUCAUCAGUAAUGUGGGUAUAAUGACUAAGUGGGUAAAAGCAAAUACUAGAACUGCUAGAACAGUCUGAGAAAUCCCUCCACGUUUUUCACAUCACUGUACAGACGACCGCGUCCUCGUGUUUAAUCUGUGUUUUCGAUUAGUUUCGAGUUAGUUUCGAGGCAUUUAUUAUCCAUGUGAUGUUGUAUUGUAAUGGUUGAUUUUUGCUGAUUGUGUUAAUUUAUUCUGUAGUAGUGAACAUAGGACUUGGGGGGUUUUGAGGAGCUGACCCCCAGGUGGCGCAGUGGGUUGAAUGGUGUCGUGACUGGACCCUGAACCUAUUGUUUGGGUAAUUGCAUAUUUAUCUACCAAAAAAAGAGACAUCCCAAACUGAUCUCGGUAAAUAAUUUAAAGGACCUAUACUGUAGGUCUUGUAUUUUUUAAUAUCAAUGAUGUAAGCUACCACAAUGGUCUUAUAGUAAUUCUUUAAAUAUACCAAUAAUAUCACCAAGGGACCUGGGAGUCAAUCAAACAACCUUAUGGGAGGAUAUGAGUUGUAUGAAUGUACCAUCCAAUGUGAAGUGAAGAAUAUUUUAUAUGCAUUUUUUUUUUUGUCUUCUUGUGUUCACUUCUCUGUGCUUUUGUUUUGUUUUUUCUUUUAUCUUGGAAAGCACAAAAAGUUAAAGCAAUGUGCGCAGGCAGAGGAAAGUCUGUCGUUUCCUGAGACAAAGAGGGAGUGACGGGUCUGUUUGGUGUCUCCGAUGGCUGUUCAAUGCAGCGACGGCACGCCGUUAGUGUCGGAAAUGAUCUAAAUCUGCCACACGAGGCGCAUCAGUACGUAGAUAGAUACACAUUUUCAUUUUGUUGUUUUCAUUUCGGACACGUAAACAUGAUCAUAUAGGAAUAGUCAGCAUUAUACCAUGAACCAGAUCUGUUUUAGUGUUCAUCGUACAGUAUAGUGUUCAGACACUGUUUGAUGUGAAUACAGAGGAAAAAGUUGUAAUUCUGCUUUAUCAGUGUUUUGGUUCAUGUAUGACAAGUUGACACAGAGUCUAGUCGAGAUGUGAGCUCACCUUAUUGGCCCAGAGAAUGCUUGUAAUGAAGGAAAGUGAGAUUUUGCAGUGCUAUAAUUGUAGCUCAGUGUCCAUUAUACAUAAGGCACUUUAAUGUUUUAACUUUUGCCCCAUAAUUGACUUCUUAUCCUGUAAAUUUCAAAACGUCCUGUUGCUAAAUAUUGAGGUUAUCAUGUUAAGUUUUUUUCAGGUAGACAAGUUCAUCUUUUGGUAAAGCAUCAUAAAAUAAUUUAAUAUAGUUCAUCGUCUGUUCAAAAUUCAAAGUCAGACGUUAGAAAUUCCCAUCACAAACGUCUGUGUGGAUAUAUGGUCCAGCUGGAAAGUUAAUAAUAACAAAAUGUUAAAUAGUUAAACUGCUGCAACAGUUAAUGCUACAUCAGUGUUGAGUGUAUGUUAGUGGAAGAACACAGAAUGGUGGGUGGAAAUAAUGGAGUCAAUCGCUGGUGGUAGUGUUACUUACUUAAAUACAAAUAGUUUGAAAACUCCAUACAGAACUUC